ACCAAUCAUCAUGUUAGUUUGACCUGUCCGCAUGACUAAUCGCGCAGCGAUGCACACAAUCAGAUAGUACGGUGGCUCGCUGAAACGGUUUCUGGUUCCACAAUGUUGUGUUUACCACUCGAACACAUUCCCAUCCAACUCAAAUGGAGCGCAUGUCAGAUUGAUGAUUUAUUUAUAGAAAGUUUUAAUUUGAACAGGUUAAAUAUUAUGCGAAUGCCAGCGGUGGCAGACCGACUCGUGAGCGGAAGAGAUAUGUAUACCAGGCGCGAAGGGAUUAUGAGCUCGUCGCUCAAGUUUUAAUGAGGAAGAGAAAGUCAGACUGCAGCGAUACAACGAAUGCCAUAUUAUAAUUCUGACUUCUGGAAACUCGCCAAACGAAGUCUUGUUGGUCCCUGCAUCUUCUGAUAAUGCUGUAAACUUCCCCUGGAUGAAGCUGUAAAUUCAUUAUGGGCGACCGUUUUCGUGUUACGAAAGUGGACGAUGGAGCUGGCAAAACGUCGGAGUUUAUCCCACAUGUUAGGACCACAUCGCCGCCGCCUCCGCCGCAGGAAACGGACUCGAAGCGAAAUUCGCAGCAGGAAUCGGGCGACGGUUUCCCCGUUCGGCAUGGUGUUGCACCGGAAGUGACGGGCAGCCACCUUCCGGAGAAUGGCGUUUUUCUUCGGAAGAAUAAUAAUGCGUUGCGCCAUCAGGCGUCUUCAUUGAGUGAAGGUGACGGGGAGCGGCCUUAUACAAUUAAUUUUGACCAGACGAAAAGGGAACAGCUCUUCUUAUUCCAGGAAGAUCUUGAUGAAGGAUUGAAAGUAGGAGCAUUUCUUCAUCAGCAAACAUGUGGACCAAAACCGUCUGCCCAGCCGGCAAAUACCGGUUCGAAAACACUGAUCUCAAAGCCCGCUCCGAAAAUGGGGACGCUGAUGGGCGUAUUCCUUCCAUGUAUUCAAAACAUAUUCGGCGUGCUGAUGUUUAUCCGCCUUCCCUUUAUUAUCGGGACUGCCGGUGCACUGGAGAGUCUGUUGAUUGUCUUAUUGGCUUCCGCUACGGGAAGUUUAAAUUAA